AGGCUCAACCACUUUUAUAACCUCUCCAAAUUUUUCCUAGAGUUUCAAAAUCACAAAUAAUUUUUUUUGAGAUUUAAAUAAAACUAAUUAAAUAUAAAUAAUCAAUUUUAUCAAUUUUAAAAAUUUUAUCUUUACAAAACUUAAGUUAUAUAUUAUUUUUAAACAGGAAAUAUUCAAAUAAUUGGGAUGAGUGCAACAAUUGGCAAUUUAAGAGAGAUAGUUAGGUUUUUAAAUGCAGAAUUAUAUCAGCAAAAUUUCAGACUAAUUGAGAUCAAAGAGUAUGUACAGUGUGAAAAUUCUAAAUGGCUCAUCGAUAAAAGAGAAGAAAACAUGUUUACUAGAGAGAAAAGAAUUAAUUAUCAGAACAAUAUACACCGAAAAAACUCGCGAAAGAGACAAAGAUUUUUUGGGUGGUCUAGUUAUGGAAGUGGCGCCAAAGGUUUCUUAUUUAGUAUUCUGUUCUACAAAAAAGAAUUGUGAAAAUGUAGCUGUGUUUCUUGUUGAUGUACUGCAAGGAACAAAAAGGGAAAUGCAAAAACACAAAACGGAGGAAAAACUUAUACUUCUAAAUACUCUGAUAACUGAAAAUGGACAGAUUUGUCCGAUUCUAAGGAAAACUAUUCCAUUUGGAUUUGCUUAUCAUUACUCAGGAUUAACUGCUGAAGAAAGAAGAUUAGUUGAGGAAGCUUUUAACCAUUGCGACUCCACUACACAAGGAACACUCUCACAAUAAUUUAACGGUUUAAUAGCAGUCACAAUUAGUAUAUAUAAUUACUUUAAAAGCAAUCACAAUUACUAGUAAAAACCGUUGAACGUUUUAAGAGAACGAUUUUCAAACAAGUCGUUAUUAAUAGAUGACGAUCGAACGUAUAUGUAUGGAUAUUCAAAUUUGUAUUUUGUAUACAAUAAAAGAAAUUAUUACAUAGAAA